UUAUAUGUAAGUAUUUUCUUGUUAAUAAUUGUAGAGAAUUAGAUGGAGACUCCAAGUUCACAAAGCAAGCUAGAGGAUGAUAAUGCUCCUCUUUGGAGAUAUGUCACAAAACUUGGAAAAGCAACGGGAGGUGGUGGAAAUUGGGAAUGACAAUGCAAUUAUUGUCUUGAAACUUUUAAGAGUUCUCAUUCAAGAGUAAAAGCACAUCUCUUAAGACAUCCAUUAUUUGGAAUCAAGUGUUGUGCAAAUGUGAAGAAUGAAAAUAUUGUUGAGAUGAAGAAAGUGUUGGAGCUAGCGGGGCUUAGAUUGAAGGCAAAGAAGGGCAAAAGUGUUCCAUUACCUACAUCAACAACCACCAUCAUAAAAGAAAUUGCUAAGAAGAGAAGAAGUGUGGGGAACACCCUAGAACAAUCAUUUAAUCGUGGAGCCCGAAAUCACCUACAUGGUCUCAUUGCCCGAAUAUUUUUCACGGGGGGUUUAUCAUUCAAUUUGGCAAGAAAUCCAUACUUCAUCGAAGCUUUUAAAUAUGCCACAAGCAAUUCGUUUGGAGGUUAUAUUCCUCCCGGAUACAAUCUUCUAAGAACAAGCCUCUUACAAAAAGAAAAGGCACAUAUCGAGAAGUUAUUAGAGCCCAUAAAAUUAACAUGGAAAGCAAAUGGUGUUUCUAUUGUUAGCGAUGGGUGGCCCGACUCACAAAGAAGGCCUCUCAUUAAUGUGAUGGUGGUGACCGAAGAUGGAACAAUGUUCUUGAAUGCCGUCAAUGCGGAGGGGGGGACUAAAAAUAUGGAUUAUAUAGCUGAUAUUCUCUUGAAAGCCAUUGAAGAGGUUAGUCCUCAUAAUGUUGUACAAGUCAUAACCAGUAAUGCACCGGUUUGCAAAUCUGCGGGAGGCAUUGUGCAAGGAAGACAUCCUCGUAUUUUUUGGACUCCAUGUGUUGUCCACACACUCAAUCUUGUCUUAAAAAAUAUUUGUGCGGCGAAGAAUACCGAAAGAAAUGAGGUAGUGUAUGAGGAAUGUAGUUGGAUCACCGAAGUUAGCGAUGAUGUUGUUGUUAUAAGAAACUUCAUAAUGAAUCAUUCCAUGAGAUUGUCAAUGUUCAAUGAAUAUGUGAAGUUAAAAAUGCUUGCUAUAGCCGAAACUCAUUUUGCUUCGGUUGUUAUCAUGUUGCGACGAUUCAAGAAGAUUAAGCGUGGUCUUAUGGACAUGGUCAUUAGUGAGAGUUGGAGUCUUUAUCAAGAUGAUAAUGUUGGGAGAGCUCAAUUUGGUAAGGACAAAAUUUUGGAUGAUAUUUGAUGGGAUAAAAUAGAAUAUAUUAUCUCUUUUACCGAGCCAAUCUAUAACAUGGUUCGAUCCGCCGACACUGACAAGUCAAAUCUUCACUUAGUUUAUGAUAUGUGAGAUUCUAUGAUUAAAAAAGUGAAGAAUUGUAUUUAUAAAAAAGAAGGCAAGAGAGAUGAUGAAUAUUCAUCAUUUUACAAUGUGGUACAUACUAUCCUUGUUGAUCGGUAGAAUAAGAGCAAUACACCAUUACAUUGCUUAGCUCAUUCACUAAACCCAAAGUGAGCAUUUUUUUCCUCAAAUAAACUUUUAAUCUACAUUGGUUAGACUAUAAUAGUUGAUAUUAUUUAUGAAUGUUUUUCUGUCUUGUAGAUAUUAUAGCGCGACUUGGCUCAUUGAAGCUCCAAAUGGGGUUGCACUACACAUAAAUCCUGAGAUCUCAAAUGAAAGAGCUAAAUGUUUGAAGAGUUAUUUUCCUAACUCCGAGGAGCGGAGAAUGGUUAAUGUGGAAUUUGCUAAAUUUUCCGCCGCACAAGGUAUAUUUGCGGAUCAUGACUCUUUGGAUGAUAGGGGAAAAAUGGAUGCAAAGUCUUGAUGGGUUAUCUAUGGAACAUCUACACCAAAAUUGCAAGAGUUAGCAUUAAAGUUGAUUGGGCAUCAUUAUUCCUCUUCUUGUUGUGAGAGAAAUUAGAGCACUUAUAAAUUUAUUCAUUCUCUUAAGAGGAAUAAGAUGACUCCACAACGAGCAGAAGAUUUGGUAUAUGUUCACACAAAUCUCCGUCUUCUUUCUAGGAGAUCCUCGGAAUACUCUAAUGAGGAGACAAAGAUGUGGGACAUAGGAGGAGAUGAAUUUGAAUCAUUCAAUGGUGUUGAUAUUUUAGAAGUUGCAAACCUUUCUCUUGACGAGCCGGAGCUUGAGACCGUUGUAUUUAAUGAGUAUGAAAAUGUUGAAUGUUGAUUGUCUUCUAACCGGUGCAAGGAAUAUAGAUCUAACUUUUGGAAUAUGCUAGUGAAUUGUAAGUUAUUGGGAUAUAGAUCUAACUUUUGGAGGUAUAUUUGCAACUUUAAACAAUAUACUUGUAAUAUUUUGAUGGAUGCUUGUAAAUUUGUAAUAUUUUGGGGUAUAGUUCUAACUUGUGAAGGUAUGCUUGUAAUUUUUAACUCUCGUUUUACGAGGUAGGCUUGUAUUUUUGUAUGCUCAAGAUGAAAGUAAUGAAAAUUAGAAUUUGGUAUUAUCUUCAAAUCAGUUACAUAACUUUCAUUUGUCAUUGAUUAUACAAGUCAAUGUUACAUAAUAAUAUAAGUAUAUAACAUACAAAUUGAUCUAUUUUUCUAUAUGUUCCUCCUCUUUCUUGUCUUCUUUAACAUUUUUGUCUUCAAUUUUCCAAGAGAUCAUUGCCAUCCCGACGUCUUAAUUCACACCUGCAACAUAACAAAUUCUUUAGUUUUUUAUUUAUUAUCUCUAUUUACAUAACAAAAAAAUGAAAAUGUAAUAGGUAUUUAAUUCAGUAUUGAUCUAAAGUGAAUUAUUUUAUAUAUAUACAGCCGUGUUCCCGUACCCUACUUUUUACAAAUUUGCCGUGUCCCGUACCCGUACCCAUACCUAGGCAACAUAGAUCAUACCUAAUGAUUGAUCCUAAAUAGUAAAAAUGAUUAGUUUUAGGUAUUUUUAGCCAUUAAUAUGUAACAUAGGCUCUCUUUCUUUCCUAGUUUACUAAAAAUGCACUCUAUAUAUUCUGUUUUUAUUCUACUAAUUCUAAAAUCUUUAGAUUUAAGAGCUUGUUUUCAUCUUUCUACUUUAAAAAUAAUGCUUCUUCUAGUUUCAUUAACUAGCACUAUAUCAUCGGUAAAUAACAUAUACCAUGAGAUUUCAUUCUGAAUGUACUUAGUAAAUUGGCCCAUAACUAAUGCAAAAAAAAAGGACUUAAAACUAACUUUGGGUGUAAACCUAUGGUGAUAGAAAUAGUCUCUCCUUCAUUAGUUCUUACUCUAGUUGUUACUCUAUCAUACAUAUCUUUAAUCCCAUCAAUAUAUAUACUAGAUACAUGUUUAUUUUCUAACACCCACCACAUUACCUCUCUAGACACUAUCAUAAGCUUUUUCUAGAUCGAUAAAAAUCAUAUGUAGAUCUUUUCUCUUCUAUCUAUAUCUCUCCAUCAACCGUCUUAAAAUAUGUAUAGGUUCUAUAGUUGACCUUUCAGGUAUAAAAUUAAAUUGAUUUUCAGAUAUACUUGUCUCCUUUCGUGGACUUUGCUCAAUUACUCUCUUCCAAAGUUUUAUUGUAUGACUCAUGAGUUUUAUACCUCGAUAAUUCGAACAACUUUGUAUUUCUCUUUUAUUCUUGUAUAUCAGUAUCAAAAUACUAAUUCUCCACUCAUCUGGCAUUCUUUUCGUCUCGAUAAUCUUAUUAAAUAGUUUAGUUAACUAUCCUACGCUUAUAUCUACAAGAUAUUUUAAACUUAAAUAGGGAUAUCGUCCGGUCCUAUGGUUAUUUUGUUUUUUAUUUUCUUUAGAGCAUCUUUAACCUUGCUAAUCCUAAUUUUUCGAUAAUAUCUAUAGUUUCUAUCAUUCACUAUAUGGUCAAAAUCUCUAUUUUGCUCACUUAUUUAGUUAUCAUUAAACAAUUGAUAAAAGUAACUCCACCUCUUUUUUAUUUUCCCGUCGGUCACUAGAACUCUUUGAUCCCCACUUUUAAUACAUCUAGUAUUACUCAAAUCUCUACUUUUUCUUUCUAAUCUUAGCAAGCUUAUAUACAUAUAUCUUUCUCUCCCUCCUUGGAUUCUAAUUUCUUAUAAAACUUUUCACGAGCCUUGUAUUUAUUCUCACUAGUCGCUCUUUUUGCUUCAUUCCUUACUAGUUUAUAUAUUUUUGAAGUUUUCCCUAUUACUACACUUUUGUUACUCUUUAUAUAAAUUUUUCUUCUCUUUAAUAACCUUUUGUACACAUUCCACCCCCUAACUCUCCUUAUCGUCUAAGCUACAACAUUUAAAUUCUCCUAGUAUAUCUUUAGCCACUUUCCUAAUACAAGAAGACAUGUUAUUCCACAUAAUAUUAGUCUUAUUAUCUAUAUUUUAUAUAUCUUCUUUUAUUAUCUUAUUUUUAAAAUGUAUUAAACUAUCUCCUUUUAAAUUUUACCAUUUAGUUCUUAGUCUCUUGUUCAGGUUAGUUUUUUCACUCUACUUCUUAAUAGAUAUGUUUAAGACCAUCAAUCUAUGUUGUGUACUUAAAUUCUCUCUUGGUAUAACUUUACAAUCUUUGCAUAUUAAC